CAAAACGUUUGAUGUUUGAAGAAGAAAACAAAUAUGCCAAUCAAGUCCAGGCACUCACCCGCAGGAUUUACUUGUGUCGAAAAUUGCUUUCAUUGGGCGAGGACUCUUACUCAGCCUCCAGCUAACGCCGAGCCUCUGCGCAAUUGUGAAUGGUUUCCAACGAGUCGAGUCGAGACUACAAAUACGUGCGUGCGUGGAUAAAACACAACAUGCCUUUAGUCUCUCCUGACGAAAAGUACAUCCUGUGCAAAGAUCGUGUCUGGUCCCUGGGACGUGGAGGAGAAGGAACAAUUUUCGAAGGCGCCAUUAGCAACCGACUAAAGAAAUUUGACUUAACUCAGCUUCGCGACUUGGUGAGAGUAAGCGUCUGCGCGUUCUCGACAUGCGCGCCUUCACUGAAAUCUCCAGUAGUGGAUCUUUGCUCCGAGGAGGUAGAUGGUAAAGCGUCGGAUCCCUCGAUCCACUACUUUUCGCCAUCUCGUAUCAAGAAGACGGCUGAUGUACUGAUCGCGGUUACCCCGGUACUGCUUCUUGUUACCCCGAUACUGGCCAUGUACGAACUGUCGCCCAAGAAGACGAAGAGGGCAACAUAUGGUGCGAUAGGGUUAUUGAUGGGAUUCAGCCUGCUUUCGCGGGUACCAUGGCGAUUAUCAAUCAGGCGAGGCGACAUGGAACGUUCGCUGCGAGCGCCGCAUAACGUGAUGUACUCGUCUUCAUCGGCUCAACAACGCAGUAGGAAUCUGAUCUCACUAGAGCAGAGGGUGCAAAGAAUAGGAUGGACUUUCAAGGGAUCAGAGCGAAGGAAAUAGAAACCUGGGGUCUGUAGGAAGAUGCCCAUGUCAAGACCGUCAAUUGCGCGACCCCUCGCACUUUCUCAGUUCAUGAGUCACGGAGCGAUCUCCGCAGCUUCGAAGUGGCUCGACGAUCGAUCGCCCCUGC